AUUAAAAUCUUCUAAUAAAAUGUAUCGUAAUGUAUUUUUUGUGGAGAAACAUAUAAGUUAGUGUGCCGUGACAAUUGAUAGACGUUUUAAAACUUCAUUUGAAUUUUAUCUCUUUGCUAAUGGCAAAAGUCAUUUUACAGUGAAAAUGUUGAUCGGUAGUUUAGCUGCGAUAGUGCUUGGAUAUUUCAGUCUGUCUACAGAGGCGCUAGAGAGUUGUAAUAGUGGAGAUAAAGACGGCACGGGAGUUGAACUUCUUGGUACCCAUUAUGACUGCAAAUACCUGCGCGACUUCUACCCAGAGGAUAGACACAUCGGUAUAUACGAGAGCCGGAAGUACCACUGUAGAAUGCCACUCACAGAUUGUUGUCAAACAUGUAACAGAAUAUUAAGCUGUGAAGAUGCCCCUGUCGAUGGAAUAUACCUAGCAGAGAGGUAUUUCAACUGCUCAUUAUUGCUAAAAUAUCAUCCAGAGGAUGAACAUGUUGGAAUUUACAAAGACAGGGAACAUAUCUGCAAACAAACCACGACUAAUUGCUGUGCAAGCUGCGAGAAAGUUCGACAAGAGAGUGAGAAAUCGUCGACGACUGUAGAGCUGUCGUCAACAACAACAACAGCCACACCUGUUCAGUCGUCAAACGAAGAAACUACGCCAGCACAAUAUAAAGACACAUGUGAGAACUACUGUCUGUGGAUUGCUGACAGUGCUAUUGGAAAAUGCAGCUGGCUGUUGGACAAGUCAAGGUCUACGUACAAAAUUAGACAUACUCUGUGUAAUGGAUUAGCUAGCGGUUGUGAACGAACCUGCCACAUCAUUUCAGAGGAAUCUAAAAGCUCUAGACAGCCUGGAUCAAUAGAAACAACUACUGCAAGAGCAGUUUGUGAAGACACGUUUAUGAUGAUGGAAAAGUCUUCCUACGCAUGCAGCGAUCUUCUAAAUCCCAAUUCGAAUAUAUACAACAACAGACAGGCGCUUUGUUCAUCAGACAGAAGCGCAUGUUGCGUCACGUGCGAGCAAGUGAACAACGUAAAGCCUUCAGGUUUCAUAAAGUACACUGACCAAAACAUGAUUGACAAAGGCGGGAUCGUGAGUGAAAAUAUGCCAUCAGCCGCCAACGCAAACGGCUACCAAAGUGACGCUUCGGGACCUACAGACGACGUAAAACUUGACACCAACGCAAAAAGAAAGCACUCCACGCCACAGCCGCCAAAACUUCAGCACAAGUUUCUCUCUUUCUUCGAAAUUAUUAAAGCCAGUGCCAACAGAAUUCGAAAGGAAGAAGAAAGAAGAAGGAACAUUUUCAGUGCACUGAUUGCUAAUAUAUUUUCAACAUUUCAGAAAGUGCAACAGGCAAAAAAUUGAAAUGGGGGGCUUGUUACAUAAGCGAACGCAGUAGACAACUGUUUUCUGUAAUGACUUAUCAGUCUUUGAGUUUCGGCAGGCAUGAUCUCCCAUUUUCAAAAUCAGUCAAAUUAAAAGUUGCCAUAUUUUUUAUUAAAUCAUUGAAGUAUGAUAAUGAACUAUCAAUGUAGAUGCGAAUUAUACAAGAAGACAAUAGCAUACGUUUAUUUUAUGGCUUGUCGGUCGAUAGUCAGCAAUAUUUGCCGCCGCUUACGUGACUGUGUUCGAGAGGGCAAGGCUGCGGAAAUGACUUUUGCAUGGUGAUUUCAAACCAAAAAUGUUGUUGAAAUAGCGGUGCUUUUAGCUUAUUCUGUGCAUAUAAAUGCAGAUAGCCUCUGAUGUUUGUACAAACAUGUGUUCAUGUAAUGCAAUGUUUUAUAUUGCGUCAAAAAUGAAAAUUUUAGUUAUUAAGUAAUAACGUAUGCAGUAUUAUAAAUUUCUGCAGUUGUAGUAUUUGACGUUAAAACAAAUCAUGUUGUAACUUGCAAUUGUAUAACAGCUAAUAAAUCUUAUUAAGUAUAUUUA